UUGCUUUCCUUGACAGUGAUCUGAGACUCAGUGGGUCUAGAGGUUCUAGUGCCCGGUGGAGAGAUCUUUAGGCCAGGAAAUACUAUCAUGGCCCCAUUCAAUUGGAUCUGAGGCUGCCCCUUGGCCAUCUGGGACUCCUCAGGCUGCUGAAUCAAUAGGCAGAGAAGGGGGGCAGUCACUGUUAUGAGCUGAAUGUUUAUGUUACCCCCAAAUCGAUGGGUAGAAGCCACAGUGUUAUGGUAUCAGGAGGUGAGGCUUUUAGAUGAGGUCAGGAGGGUGGAGCCCCAGGAUGGGAUUAGUGUCCUUAUAAAACGAAGAAGGGUCCAGAGCCCUUUCUAUGUCUCUGUCUCUCUCUGUCUCUCUGUUGCACUCUGUCUGUCUGUCUCUCUCUCUCUGACGUGUGAGGAGACAGCAAGAAGGCAGCCAUCUGGGAGCCAGGAAGAGAGCUCUCACCAGAGCCCAACCAUACUGAUACCCUGAUCUCAGCCUUCCAGCCCCAGAACUAUGAGAAAUGAAUGUUUGUGGUUUAAGCCAUGCAGGCUGUGGUACUUUGUUAUAGCAGCCCCAGGUAUGACAGUCCCUGAACUAAGCCUUGGUGAACGAUGUGAUUACCAACGGGAAAACGGUCUGCUACUUAGUGGAGGAAAGAGGAAAUGUCUGGAAUCCAAGGAUUCACUGGGGGGCACAUCUUAGUGUGCCCUUGUCCCAAAGACCCAGUUAAUGGGAGAGUACAGCAAUCCAAUAAAGACAGGACCACCAAGAACUCAGGUCCUACAGGAGAAAAGUUUUGAGUCUCCUUACCAGGCAUAGACCCCUGCCCAGCUGAGGGUAGGAGGAACAGGGAAUAAAUGAUGGAAGAAGGCAGUUAAGAUGAUCAACUUAGACCUCAUGGCCAUUUGCAGAGGAACCUUCUAACAGCUACAUUUAUGUGAAUUGGAUCUUUUCCCUUCUCUUUAAUUUCUACCUUAUAUAAAUAGCACUGGUAGUAGCUAAUAGCUUUGGAAUCCAUUAAUUACUAGCUGUAUAACCUUGGGCAAGUUACUUAACCUUUCUCUUAUCCCUAAACUGGGAUAAUAAAAGUAUAAGCUCAUAUGUUUAUACAAAGAUUUAAUACUUGGAACGUGCUCAGUAGAUGGCAGCUAUUAUUAUUUUUAUUAACAAUAGAUUUUCCUUUACAUUUCAUUGUAAUAUUAGACAAGGCAGUUCCCAAAUUAAGAAGGGAGAGAUUUCCCGAUUUUAUUAUUCAUUUCAGAGAUGAUUUAUUGAACUACAAUUGCAUAUUUAUAUGGAACGUUCCAAAAUUUGUAAUUAUAAUUUUUAAACCCCUCAACAUUAAUUUAUAAGAUAUCUUUUUACCAUAGUUGACAAAAUCAUAGUAGGAAAAACAUCCAGGAGAAUGGUAGAGACCCCAAGUUCAGCAUAAUGAUUACCUCUGGGAAGGAAAAGAAAUUGGAUGAGGGAGGAGCCUAAGGGGCCUUCAACUGUGUGUUAGUUAUUUAUUGCCACAAAACGAAUUACCCCAAAAUUUAGCAGCUUAAAACAAUGAACAUUAUUACUCACACUUUCUCUGGGCCAGGAAUCUGGGAGAGGUUUACCGGGUGGUUCAGGUGUCUCAGGGGGAGGUUUCAGUCAAGCUCUGCACUGGGGCUGCAGUCUUAUCUGGAGGCUCAACUGGGAGAGGAUCUGCCUUCAGGCUCACUUACUAGCUGUUGGUAGACCUCAGCUUCUCACUGACUGUUGGAUGAAGACUUCAGUUGCUUCCUUGCUGUGGGCCUCUCACAGACUGCCUGAGUGUUCUCCCAACACGGCAGCUGGCUUCCCCCAGAGGAAACGAUCUAAAAGAAAGAGCAGUUGCAUCUCACUGUUGGCUCAUGUGCUUCAGAUAAAAAUGCCUUCAUCUCAAUGCAUUUCCCCUUCCUUCUGGAUUUGAAGCUGUUGAAAUGAGAUACAUGUCGAUCGCAGGACAGACGUUCCCAGGGACAACUUUGAGAGGCCACGUGCUCAUCCCCCUAAGGAGGUGGGAGAAAUCCCUGCAGCUCGGUUUUGUUCCAAUGGUCUGUUCAGUGAGUGAUUCCCGUUUCCCCAAAGGCUGCCCCUCAUUAGCAUGAACGGGGGUGGGGGGAGAGAAAGAGCAAAAGCCCAGGCUCAGUUUUAGAGCCUGGGAACCGUGUCUACAAACAUGACAGCUAGAGCUUUCUGGCUCCUCUGUUUGAUCGUUGGAUCAUCUCCCGAAGCCCCAGUGGCGGAGAGAAAAGCCUCGCCGCCCCACAACCGGAAGCCCGACCCCGGCGGCGGCCCGAGUGCGGAGACGCCUGGGCCCCGGCCGCAGCCGGUCCCCGAGACUCCGCGGCGGCCGCGCGCAGCCGAGGCCGCUCCCCGCGCCUGGUCCGACCUGCGGCGCCGGAAGCCCCAGCCUGCCGCCGAGAACCGGGCCGGCUUCCGGGAGGCCGCGCGCGCGCCCGCCGGCCCGCCGAGCCCGCGCCUCUCGCAGGCCGAGAACCGUGCGUCGCCGCGCCGCGUGCCCGCGCUGGAGGACUCCCCGCGGCGCGCGCGCGCCCGGGCCCUGCGCCUCCCGGCCGCGCGGCCUUCCACGCGCGCCGCCGAGGCCCCCGCCGGUCCCGCCCACCCCAACCGGCCGCGCGCCGCCGCGCCGCCCCCGGGACCCGCGCCCGCGCCGCCGCCGCGCCUCAGCCCCCAGCGGAGGGAGGAUGCGGAGCUCGGCGCCGAGCCCUGCGCCCGCGCCUGCAGGGCGGACUUGGACGAGCGCGAGUCCUACUGCGCCAGCGAGUUCGCAGUCAACGGAAUCGUGCAUGAUGUGGACGUCCUCGGUACAGGGAUCCGGCUGGUGACUCUGCUGGUGGACCGGGACGGGCUGUACAAGAUGAACCGCCUGUACAUCACUCCGGACGGGUUUUUCUUCCGAGUCCACAUAUUAGCCCUAGACUCCUCUAGUUGCAAUAAGCCAUGCCCAGAAUUUAAACCUGGCAGCAGGUAUAUUGUGAUGGGCCACAUCUACCAUAAGAGAAGGCAGCUACCUACAGCUCUGCUUCAGGUCCUGAGAGGGCGCCUCCGACCAGGAGAUGGACUUCUCAGGAGCAGCAGCAGCUAUGUGAAAAGAUUUAACCGGAAAAGGGAUGGGCAAGUGCAAGGGGCAAUUCACACCCAGUGCAUUUGAAACAUACCAGCCUGGCAUUUCUGGAUCCUAAGAGACUUGGAAUUCAGCAGCAAGACGGGAAAGGCCUAUCAUUAAGCAAUCGGAUUUUCCUUUAGAACAGGGCACACAGCUCCUUUAGGAACUAGUUGCAAAGUGCCAACUCUCAUCUUCAAGUUGUCACUUUUUUACAACAUGCUUCUUAAAUGGUUAUGCUUCUGAGCUCUGUGGUGAAGUUAUUCAACUGGUGUGCCAGUUACUCACACAAGCUCAGAUAACUGACCUGUCCAGAUAACAGAUCACUGCUUCAUGUUGAUUAUUUUUAAUUAUUUUAAUUUAAAUACAUUCUUCAGUAGAAAUAGUUCACAAAAACAUUUCCUUGAUUUUAAAUAUACAAUUUUGAAUAGUUUAUAUCAUGUAUCAAACCAAAUUUUAUACUAAAACCAUCACAUUUUAAAUUCUGUACAUAACAGUAAGUGCACUAGUCAGACGUAUGAAAUGUCAUUUAGAUCACAUUUAGAUCAAACACUAAAGUCAGAGCCCGAGACAAGUAUUAAAGUUUUACAUUUAGAGUACUGAAGGGCUUAUUCAAGCAAACAAAUGUUUGUUCAAACAAGUGUUCCUGAUGUACCAAAAUAUAAGAUACAGUUUAUUUUCAUGCCUCCCUGCUUCUAAAAUCCUAUGUUUUGUGCCAUACUGGCAGCUAUUCCAAUACCAAACAUAUUCUGGGUGUAUCUGAUGUCAUUUUUCUAUUAAGACCAAGUAUCAUGUUUGUGUUUGUAAAGCAGUAAAUCUUUCUGUGAAAUCAGA